GAGAGAGAGAGAGAGAGAGAGAGAGAGAGAGAGAGAGAGAUGGAGGAGCAGGGAAAGAAUGAGGAGAGGAAGAAGGUGAUGGUGGCGAUCGACGAGAGCGAGUUUAGCCUAUACGCCUUCAAUUGGGCGCUCGAAAAUCUGCGCGAGACCAUCCAGAGUUCGCAGCUAGUCGUCUUCACUGCACAGCCCAUUGACUUCGCUUCCACUUAUGCUGCCAGUUACGGAGCUGCCCCUGCUCAGUUGGUAACAUCUUUGCUUGAAAACCACAAGAAGGUGGCGCUGGCUUUGUUGGAGAGAGCUAAAGAAAUUUGUGCCAAACAUGGGAUUGUUCCAGAGACAGUGACAGAGGUAGGCGAUCCGAAGGUGGUGAUAUGUGAAGCAGUCGAGAAACACAACAUCCAGUUGCUUGUGUUAGGCAGCCACGGUCGCGGAGGUAUCCAAAGGGCUUUUUUGGGAAGCGUAAGCAAUUACUGCGUACAUAACGCUAAGUGUCCUGUUCUUGUUGUGAGGAAACAGAACUGAACGCUUAUAUGUUCUCUUGUUCUUCAAGUUAAUAUCCAAAACCCAAACUUGCAUCUUCCGCAAGAAAAUGUUGCGUGCUGCUUGAUAAUUUUUGAAAUUAGAGUCAUGUAAUAACUGGAAACUUCAUGAUUGAAUAAAGCAUGCAUUUUAUGGUUUGAUUAA